GAUUUUUAAACAGGAAUUCGUUUGACUGUCUAUUAAUGAAAGACCUUACCCUUCACUGCACUAAGUUUUUAUAUCGAAGAUAAAUCUAUGAGAUAAUGAUGGGUGAGCAUAAUGCAUUUACCUUAAUAAAGGAAAACAUUGAAGAUGAUCGUGCACUUCUCCAGACAGGAAUUGUCGGAACUGGAACAGAGGUGGAAAAACAACCUAUACUUGAUAGAUACAUUCCGGCUCACCCAGUUGACCGAUACACUUUUAAAAAGUGGGAUACUAAUGAUUGGUCACGCCACAAUGAAAAUAAAUACUUUCAGAGCGAGCGAGACCGUGAUGCAGCCUCGAACACUAGGGAAGAAGCUAAACAACUUAUUCAUGCAACAACAUCAAGAACGAAUCAGACUCAAAAUGACGUGACAGAGAGAUUAGGAGAACGUCUACAAAACAUCAAUCUUUGGAAGUUUGAAUUAGAAAAAUCCAUCAGAGAUAUAACUUCAGAAAUUGAAUUACUUGUGACAGAAAGGCGUAGACUGGAAUAUGGAAUACAGGCUACUGAAGGACCCUUACAUAUAGCUCGAGAUUGCCUAGCUAAUCGUCAGCGACGAAUUGACUAUGAUUUAGUUCAGGAUAUUGCGGAGAAAGAACUUCUUAAAGAAAUAGAGCUCAUAGCACAAGUUCAGGAAAUUUUGGUUAAAACUCUUCAGCAAACUAAGGAUCAACUGGAUUCAUGUAGAGAAGCUAAGCACCGACUCGAAAUGGAUUGGAGUGACAAAUAUUCAGCACAAAAUCUUGACUCUAAGAGCGUUCAGUUAAAAAAUACACGUGGAAACACUCAACGAAGGGCUGGAAAAGCACUUUACAACCUGCACGAAAGUCUACCUGGAGACUGGCAGACAUUCACAGAUAACAACAUUCGUCUGGCAGAACAGGAACGCGAGGCAAGUAUACGUCUAAGAGGUAUGAUCGGAAGCACUCUCUCCAAUACUAGUCAAGAUAUGAGGGAGCAGGCGGACAGGGUGGCACAGGCUUUAUCUGAUCGACUAUCUGAGACAGAGGAAGCGACAAGGAACCUUGAAAGUAACCUUAAAAAGACAGUGGACGAGAUUGCUGCGGUUGAAAGUAUAAUCAGAACAUUGAAGAACUCAAUAUGGGAGAAGGAUGCACCAAAUAAGGUAGCAAUGACUAGACUAACAAACAGACAUCUCCGACCAAAUGUAGAACUCUGCAGAGAUGAGCCAGCUCACAGGCUUAUUGAGGAAGUAGAGGAAAUAGAAGAUUCUGUUAGAAAGUUGGAAGAUAAGUUAGUAAACAGCGAGAAAAAUCAUUGUGAACUGAAGACAACCCGUUUAUCACUGGAGAAGGAAAUCUCUGUGAAAAAAAACUCUAUUUUGAUCGAUAGAGAUAGAUGUCUUAGGAUUCGAACCUGUUUUCCUUCCGGGAACCAUCUGUGCGGAUACAGAUCGAAUACCUUUGGAAUCGACCAAUGAACAAAAGAUUAUAUUCAACUACAUCUAAAAUUCAUAAAAUACUGGUUGAAUUAACUUAAGCAGUUCUCAAGACCAUUAUGCAACUGUUCUAAAUUUUAAUAUUCUCUGUAUUUGUAGGUUUUGUUUGUAUUGUAGUAAUUUUUAAGCUCACUUCUGAAAUGUAAAAUACAACUUUGUGAUUAAAGUAUAAAAAACAUGA